CCUGCACCAAGCGAGAGUGGGAGUGGGGAGAGCGGAGAGAGAGGAAAAGAUGGAGGGACACUGUUUAAGGGAACAUCCUGCCCGAGUGAGAACAGAAAAGGAUAACUUAAAGGAAUGGGGUGAGUCUGCGUUAUGGUUCUCUCCUGUUGUGCGAUAUCUAGCAACUAUGUAACAAAGAUAAGAGAACACCAUUAUGCUUCUCUUUGAUGCAGUUGGUGUGAACAGAGCUGACCAAAAUGUUUUAAUGGACUUUGAUGAAAAACACGAUCAAUAUCUGAUACUCCUUCAAUACAGGAACAGAAUAUUAAAAAAAUUAAAGGCAAAAGAUCCGAAAAAAAUUCAACUGGAGCGUUUAGAGCAAGGAUUUUCCAUCUAUGUAAAUGGUGCCAACUCUGAAUUAAAGAAGCAACCAAGAUUUGAAGCUACUUCAAGAUCAGUGCGUACAGCUGAUUCUGCAUCAAGAUCAGCUUUGUAUCCUGAAGAGAUACAAGAAUUAGAUGUAACAAAACGAAGAACCCAAACUGCACCAGGCAAAGUUCAUCGUAAGGGUUGGGUGCAGAGUUCAGUCCAUAUUAAAACAGAGAAAGGAGCACAGUUGCACCUUGGUGCACCUGUAGAUUACUCUGAUGAUUUUGAAGCUUAUGAAAGUGUGAAUAUGGAGACAGAGGAUGUACCAUGUAAUUGCUGUCAGAUUCUUGCUGAUGAUUCUUCCAGGAGCGGAGGCAACACUUGUUUCUUAUCAAAGUCUUCCUUCAUAAAACCUGGAAGGAUAUCAGAUAAAAGCUGUUGUGAUGGCAAUGAAAAAAUACUCCUGAACAUGCAAGAUGUUAAGAUGUUGAGAAGAAGCCUGCAGCCGACUGCUGAACUCCAGCUUAGUGCCAAGAAGAGCACUGGCAGUGAAGACUCUGAUUCUCUAGAGGAUGAGAAAAUUGGAGAGCAGAUUGUAACUCAAGAACCAACAGAGGGUCUGGAGGAUUUACAGCUGAAUAAGCAGUCUUUCCAGAGGGGUUCAGAGGCUGAACACUACAGUCUACACCCUGGAGAUCUGAUUGUACUUGAUUUUGGGCCUAGUACAAAAAGCAAUCGAAAAGAGCGAGCUCUAAUAGCAACAAGGAAAGACGAUUUAGGGUCCUACAUUCCUGUGAAACCCACUAUGGUGAAAAGUAAAUCUUUUGAUAGAUUCUCCUCCUCUUCUAACCCAGAUGGAACAGACCUGAUUUCAACCCAAGAAUGUCAUCAAGAGAGGGUGCUUUCUGCCACAAGAAGGAAUAUAUCCCAGGCGAAGGAUCCAGAAUUAUCUGCUUCUACUGUCUUUCAAGCCAUGCAGAAAGAAAAUGAAGAUGUGCAGAGAAGCAUAGAAAAGCAGAAAACAAUAACAAAAACGCCCAUAUGUUGGCAAACGCUUUCGCCUUCAGAACCAACAAUAAAUGGCACGCUGCAGUGUUCAUCUAUAUCAGUAAAGCAUAAUAUGAUCGAUGAAGCUAUUGAACGAAUCAGCUAUUUGGAGCCAAGUCAACAAAAGAAGCUCCUGAAAGUGUUGGAGAAAAUUGAAUUGCCUUCCAAUGACAAAUCAACCAGCUGUGCUUUGCAGGCAAGAAAUGCUCUAACUACUGAGACCCAGCAUAGUGUUGGCACAUCAAGCAGUAUAUCAGUUAAAGACACAGUUUAUGUUUCGAUGGAAAUUUUGUCGAACUGGGGCAACAAUGAAAAAGUGGGCUUAACAGAAGUACAGUUUUUUGAUCUAAAACAUAAGAAGAUUUUUGUUUCCCCUCAUGACGUUGAUAUCAGAAAUGCUCACUGUCCUGGAAACUUGAAUUCUUUAGUGAAUGGAAAGACAAAGACCACAAAAGAACGUCACAUGUGGACAUGCCCUUUCCACCCACCGAUUCAAUUAUAUUUUGUUGUGCGUAGCCCAAACAAGUCAUGUGGCAUUGAUAUUUCUAAAGUCAAGAUUUGGAAUUAUAAUAGAAGCCUCAAUGAGCUUGAUGUUGGUGCAAGGCAUGUAAGGAUUUAUGUGGACAGUGAUUUGGUAUAUGAAGAGGAGCUUGAAAAAGGCUGUGGAAACCAAGUGUUUGAUUAUAGUACAACCAUUGACCUGAGACUCAGCAAAAGAAAAGCUACAUUUGAUACUUCCAGUGGGCGUGAUAUGGAAGAGCAAACUGAAGAAAUUGCAAGCUCAGAAAGAGGUUCCAGCAUUGAGCCUCCAGAACAAGCAAUUUACUCAUUCUUUCUAAAUUCAAAUUUGGAUAAUAAUAAAAAUAUAUUUGAUAAUUCCAGUGGGAGUGAUUUAGAAGAACAUGCUAACGAAAUUGAGAGCUCGAAAAGAAACCCUGGCAUUGAGUCUCCACAACAUGAAAGUCCUUCGUUCUUUUUAAAUUCAAACUUAGAGAAUAAGAAAAAUGUGUUAAUGUAUUCAAAUGACUCAGCAAAGAGUAGAAUUUCAGCCUUGGAGGAAGACACAAUGUUAACAGCCCCAGUUUCACUUGAGGAGUCACUCUUGCGGAUAAAUAUUUCAGAAACCGGCAAGGAGGAAGAAGAGAUUGAUUCUGAUGAAGAACUAGUCAUGAAAGACCAGCUGGAAAAAUUAACUGGAAGGAAAAUAUCAGAAAUAUCAUCAGUUUCAAAAAUACCCGCAUGGUUAAAAUCACCAGAGAAAGAAAAAUCCAACCAAAGUAAAUGGAAGAAGCCUCCGUGGCUUAGUGGUGAGACACUCGUGGAUUUAAAAAUUGACAAUAAUUCAACUAAAACUAAUGAGGCAAGUUAUAAUUGGCCAGAUCUACUUGCCCCUGCCAGAAGUUACAAAAAUAUCAUUGGUACAACUGAGAAGACCUUCAAAUGCAACAGGAAAAAGUUAGUCGACCCUCAUGAAAGGGACAAAAUGCUUACUGACAAAAAAUAUUUAGACUUUCUGGACAACUUCAAAGAAAGUGACUGUUAUGUGCCUUCAUCACUGGAAGAAGAGUGCCAAAGAACUGACUAUCCUGUCAGUGGAAGGAGAAGUUCUAUGAAGAGUGCAAGAAAUAAAGAACUGUUUAAUAUUAAUGACACUGAAGGACAGCUUAAAAUAGAUAAUCAGAAACCUGCAAAGAUUCCGGGAUCCAUGAAAGCCAAGUGGCAAAAUGAGCAGGAUGACACACUGAUGGAGUCCUGGAACUCUUUAUUAAAGUUCAACAGGUCACAGCGAGGUCGUAUAGCCAACAUGGAUUUUGAGGGAGACGUUUUUGAUGAGUUUUUGCAAGAGCAAAGAAUUGGAAGAGAAACAGGAUUGAAAUCCUUGCAUGAAGAAUCAGUGCAUGAUAUUAAAGAGGAGAAGGAAGAACAAACGACUGAGCUUGAAAGAGAUGAUGAAGGAAUUGAUGAUUUUGAAAUUCCAGUUUUACCUAGCGGCUGUCAUUUAGUAAUUAAUAUUACAUCAACCUGGGGUGAUAGACAUUAUGUUGGACUUAAUGGGAUUGAAAUAUUCAGUUCAACUGGAGAGCCUGUGCAAAUAGCACAAAUAAGAGCAGAUCCAGCAGAUAUUAACAUUUUACCUGCUUACGGUAAAGAUCCACGAGUCAUUUCAAAUUUGUUUGAUGGGGUAAACAGGACGCAAGAUGAUAUGCAUCUCUGGUUAGCACCUUUCACUCCAGGAAGGUCUCACCUGAUCUAUAUUGACUUUGUAAAUCUGUGUCACUUAGCCAUGAUUCGAAUUUGGAAUUACAACAAAUCAAGAAUACAUUCUUUCCGUGGUAUUAAAGAUGUUGAGAUAUUACUAAAUGGGAAAUUGAUCUUCAGAGGAGAAAUUGCCAAGGCAUCAGGAACCUUAAAUGGAGCUUUGCAACAGUUUGGAGAUACUAUACUUUUCACUACAGAUGAUGAGAUUUUAGAUGCAAUGUCCCAGUACGAUGAAACCUUUGCAGCCACUAUUGAUUAUACUCAGCCACUCAUGUUUGAGAAAGAACUCAAUAGACCUAGUACUGCAGAUGGUGAAGGAGAUGAGAGGCCAUUCACACAGGCUGGCUUUAGAACAGAGGAUGAACAGGAGCAGGAGCAAACAUCUUUCCUGUUGGGUGGAGCUGCUAGUCAGAUGCGAGGGGAGUAUACUGGGAAGUGUGUACAACUAAAUUUCACUCUUACUUGGGGAGACUCCCACUACCUUGGGUUGACUGGACUGGAAGUUGUAGGCAAAGAUGGUCAGGCACUACCUGUCACAAUGGAAAAUAUUGAAGCAUCACCAAGAGAUCUAAAUGAAUUACCAGAAUAUAAUGAAGACAGUAGGACAUUAGACAAGCUGAUUGAUGGGAUUAAUGUCACCUCGGAAGAUGAGCACAUGUGGCUGAUUCCUUUUACCUACAGAGAUAAUCACAUCCUCACAAUCAAUUUCAAUAAGCAACAAACUAUUAUUGGACUUCGCUUCUGGAACUAUAACAAAUCUCCAGAAGAUACGUACAGAGGGGCAAAAAUUGUCCAUGUUACCCUUGAUGGAUAUUGCAUUUCACCACCAGAGGGCUUCCUCCUUCGAAAAGGGCCAGGCCACUGCCACUUUGACUUUGCUCAAGAAAUUCUCUUCAUAGAUUAUCUCCAGGAGAGCAGUGAAGUAAUAACAAAACAGCAAAUCGGGAACUGUCCUAGGAACAUGGAACAGGCCAGUAUGGACUAUGAAGCCCCAUUGAUGCCUUGUGGCUUUAUUUUCCAGCUACAGUUGUUGACAAGCUGGGGAGAUCCUUACUACAUCGGUCUUAAUGGACUGGAAUUCUAUGGAGACAGUGGUGAAAAAAUUCUUCUGACAGAGAAUAACAUUUCUGCUUUUCCAGACAGUGUGAAUGUUUUAGAUAGUGUUUCGGGAGAUGUUCGAACCCCAGACAAAUUAAUUGAUGGCAUAAAUGACACAAGUGAUGGCAGACACAUGUGGUUAGCCCCUAUACUUCCUGGUUUGGUGAAUCGGGUCUAUGUAAUUUUUGAUCAACCCAUUGCUGUAUCAAUGAUUAAACUCUGGAAUUAUUCAAAAACCCCUCAAAGAGGAGUAAAAGAAUUUGGGCUACUUGUUGAUGAUUUAUUAGUCUACAAUGGAAUCCUAGAUAUUGUGAGUCAAGUGGCCCGUGGUAUCCUUCCAACUUGUGAGCCUGUUAUCCCAUAUCAUACUAUCCUUUUCACCAAUGAUGAGAAGAUUGCACACAGAGAGAGAAAUACUGUUAUAAGCGACCAAGUGGAAGAUCAAGAUGUGAAAAUGACCAAUGAAAACCAAAUUAUUCAACGAUCCAAGAAGAAACAAACAGCUGACCCAGCUCUGCGUCCAAAGACAUGCAUGACUGACAGGGGUUCAACUAGGAGAAGAAGAUUCUGAUGAAGAUCUCAGGGCAUUGUCUUGGAGUUAUUGCUUGUGAUUUGCAUUGUGCUCUCCAUGUUAAUGUUUGAAACAGUUGUAAUUUCUGUAGGAAAAGUUGACAGGAAUUCUUCUUCAAUCACACUUAAAAGCUAUUUACCCUACAUUGCUUUAAUUUAUUUGAUUCUUUUCCCCUUUGAUUUGUUUUUUGGCUGCUUUAUCAGCUGCAGGGGUGAAUGAGAGUGCUGGGUCACCUACAGUUAGCACUCAGCACCUUCAAGCCAGGUACAGAAUGAAACUUCAGUUACUGUAUGCCAUAAGAACUGUCUUUACAUCAUCGGCCAAAAUAAUAAUAGCUCUCCAAACCCCUUUUGGUGUGCCUAUCUUACUGAAAAUUUGUGCCUAAUUGCACAUUGUUGCCAUUCAGUUGUGUCCACACAAAAUUAGAUUAACAGUGUAACAAAAUGAUUAACGAUCCCAUCUCAGGCUUUUAAAUUUCCAUUGUACUUUGACUAAAAUCAGUAUUUCCAAAGUUAGGUGCAUCUUUAUCUAGCUGUGUCAAGUAAAUAGCCCUUAAGUUUGAGAAAAUCCUUGAUAUUUAUGCUUAAAUAGAUAUUCAAUCACUUUGCAAUAUGGUGUACCCAAGCUUAAUUGAGAGAAUUCUUAUUCAGAACUCUUUUUUAAAAAUGCCUUGGUUUAUUUAUUAUGCAUGUUCUGUUCUCAGGAGAUCUGGAACUUGUUAGAAACAAUAUUUUUUUUUGAUGAACUGUUCCUGUCAUUAGAAUAUUACUUGUGUUGAUUAAAGCACAUUAUUACUAAUUGCUUCAUUAUCAUUCAAGCAAUAUUAUUUGAUUAUAUAUUCAAUGUGUAAUUGACAUUUAAAACCUGAUGAGCACUAAGUGACCUUUGAGCAACUGCUUAAACAGAGAAAUGUUCAACUGAAUGAUUUGUUUAUUAAAUAAUCUAUUGAUAGUUUCACCCUUUCAGCAAUUCAGUGGAUAAUAAAAAUGCAAAGUACAGCUGUGUAUAUUCAUCAGCUAUGUUGAGUCAAAAUGGCUUCUUCUCACAUUGAGAAUUCUUAUUCUAAUUAAUGCCUCACUUUGAAACACAAGCAUUGUGAAAUACGAACACAAGCAUAUGUGUGAUUGAUACGUUGUUCGUAGCAUUUGAAGAAAUUUAUAAUGUACUGAUGUCUUGUACUUAGGCAUAUGUCAGACUUCAUUAUUUUAUUAUUUCUAACAUUUUUCAUGUAAUAAUUGUACAUAUGUGUAUGUAGUGUGUAAAGAAAAGGUAUACUUAUUUUAAAAAAUCCAGUUUUAUUAUCUGAUGAGCAAUUUGUAAGUAGCUUUGCAGUUACAGUAUAAAUAAAAAUCAACUUCUGAGCAACAGUAAA